GUGAAACUUUUGUAUUCAAGCAUUUUCUCCUCUCAGGGCAAGUAUUGAUUGCGGCGUCGCAUGCAAAGCAAACCAGGGGUGAGAUGGAGACUGUAUGCCCAAUCGACGAGAAGUGCGCAAGUCAAGUUUCUGCUCUUCUUCAACCGCCUUCAACUCUCCAAGCCCAGGAGUAUUUUGACAACCUUAUAUCAACUAGACCUGCCCAUGGCAUCAAAGUCCGUCAAAAUACGCACCUUGGAAAGGGUGUGUACGCUCAAUUGGACUUGAGAGAAGACGAACUGGUUUUGAAGGAUCAAAUGCUUUUCGGAAUUCAGCAUUCUUCAAACAAGGUAGAUUGUUUGGUGUGUAGUUUCUGUUUCCGAUUUAUUGGCUCUAUAGAACUUCAAAUUGGGAGGAAAUUAUAUUUGAAAAGUCUAGGUGUUUCUGCAAAUGACUGCUGUGAUAUGGAGACCUCUUCACAAGCUUCAAAUAAUUGUUGUGAUACUGAUUCAUCUGACAUGGAAAAUGAAUCUGAAAUGAAAAAUCAUCAAAAUUUGGAAAAUUGUGUUUCCACUAGUUCAAAUGUUAAUAUCUCUCUGCCUAAAGGAGUUGUGGAAUCAUUGAUGAAUGAUGAAUUUGCAUUGCCUUACUCCAACAAGUUUCCCUUGCCUUCAGCUGUUUCCUGUCCUGGAGGAUGCAAAGAAGCAUACUACUGUAGCAAAUCAUGUGCUGAGACUGAUUGGGAAUUGUUUCAUUCCAUACUUUGCACUGGGGAGAGGUCCGAAUCACCAUCUAGGGAGGCACUUGCUAAGUUUAUACAGCAUACUAAUGGAACAAAUGAUAUUUUCCUUCUAGCUGCCAAGGCAAUUUCAUUUACCAUUUUAAGAUAUAGGAAACUCAAAGCAGCACAUCUCAAAAGAGGAAAAUGCAUUUCACCUGAUGCUUUGGAUGGUUCUGACUUGUCUUUACUUUUGGAAGCAUGGAAGCCAAUAUCUUUUGGAUACAAGAGAAGGUGGUGGGACUGCAUUGCAUUACCAGAUGAUGUGGAUCAUUCUGAUGAAGCUUCUUUCAGAAUGCAGAUAAAGGAGCUUGCAUUUACGUCACUGCAGCUCCUUAAGGCAGCCAUCUUUGACAAGGAGUGUGAAGCAUUAUUCUCCCUUGAUAUCUAUGGGCAUAUCAUUGGCAUGUUUGAGCUUAAUAAUCUUGAUUUGGUUGUAGCAUCUCCAGUGGAGGAUUUCUUUUUGUACAUUGAUGAUCUCCCAUAUGCCAAAAAGAAAGAAGCUGAGUUAAUUACACGGCCAAUUCUUGAUGCUCUUGGUGAUGACUAUUCAAUUUGUUGUCAAGGGACUGCAUUCUUUCCUUUGCAGAGUUGUAUGAACCAUUCCUGCUGUCCUAACGUGAAAGCAUUCAAAAGAGAGGAGGACAGAGAUGGUCAAGCAACAAUUAUUGCACUUAGACCCAUUUCUAAGGGAGAAGAGGUUACUAUUUCAUACAUAGAUGAGGACCUUCCUUACGAAGAGAGGCAAGCUUUGCUGGCAGAUUAUGGUUUCAAAUGUAGUUGUCCCAAGUGCUUGGAGGAAGAACCCCUAAUCUGUUGAAGUGCCCAGUAGAAAUGAAUAUGCAUUUUAGGUCUUAGGACUCAUUAAAAUAUUGACUAUUACAGAUCCAUUUGCAGAUGCCCGGGUACUAUCUUGACAUCAAUUUUUCCAAAUCUGCUAGUUAACUUGCUCAUGGCUGCUUUCAGAUUGUAUUGUAUCUUUUCAUUUAAUUGAUUAUAGCAUGAAAGAAAAGAAAGUGUGUCCAA